GCCGGGGCCCAGAACAUCCAGGGACUCCACGGGGGAGAGGCCAGCAGUGCCCGUGGCUUAGGGUGUGGAGAAUGCUGCUCUGGACCCGCAGCCACGUCUGACCUUGAGCCCAGCAGAGUCCAGUACAGGGCUUCCUCCCUGUGCUCUGGGGCGACCCCAGCACCACCCAGCACCCCAGGUUUGCGGUCUGCACCUGAGUGCCAGGGCCGCGGGCCCAGAAUGUGAGAGUGGCCCAAGCCCACCUGGACCCAAGCACAGCAUCCAGAGCAGCCAUCCCGGCCAGACCCAGCAGACUCCAGGGCUGCAGCGAAGGAGGUGUUGAGGCCCCAAGUCAGGUGAGGCUCGGUUCCCCCAGCCAUCCACCAUGGUGGUGGCACACCCCACUGCCACUGCCACCACCACGCCUGCUACCACUGUUACCGCCACUGUUGUGAUGACCACUGCCACCAUGGACCUGCGGGACUGGCUGUUCCUCUGCUAUGGGCUCAUCGCCUUCCUGACGGAGGUCAUCGACAGCACCACCUGCCCCUCAGUGUGCCGCUGUGACAACGGCUUCAUCUACUGCAACGACAGGGGGCUCACCUCCAUCCCCGCCGACAUCCCUGACGAUGCCACCACCCUCUACCUGCAGAACAACCAGAUCAACAACGCUGGCAUCCCCCAGGACCUCAAGACCAAGGUCAACGUGCAGGUCAUCUACCUGUAUGAGAACGACCUGGACGAGUUCCCCGUCAACCUGCCCCGCUCCCUGCGGGAGCUGCACCUGCAAGACAACAAUGUGCGCGCCAUCGCCAGGGACUCGCUGGCCCGCAUCCCGCUGCUGGAGAAGCUGCAUCUGGACGACAACUCCGUGUCCACCGUGAGCAUUGAGGAGGACGCCUUUGCCGACAGCAAGCAGCUCAAGCUGCUCUUCCUGAGCCGGAACCACCUGAGCAGCAUUCCCUCAGGGCUGCCCCGCACCCUGGAGGAGCUGCGGCUAGAUGACAACCGCAUCUCUACCAUCCCGCUGCACGCCUUCAAGGGCCUCAACAGCCUACGGCGCCUGGUGCUCGACGGCAACCUGCUGGCCAACCAGCGCAUCGCCGACGACACCUUCAGUCGCCUGCAGAACCUCACCGAGCUCUCGCUGGUGCGCAACUCGCUGGCGGCCCCGCCCCUCAACCUGCCCAGCGCCCACCUGCAGAAGCUCUACCUGCAGGACAAUGCCAUCAGCCACAUCCCAUACAACACGCUGGCCAAGAUGCGCGAGCUGGAGCGCUUGGACCUGUCCAACAACAACCUCACCACACUGCCCCGCGGCCUGUUCGAUGACCUGGAGAACCUGGCCCAGCUGCUGCUCCGGAACAACCCCUGGUUCUGCGGCUGUAACCUCAUGUGGCUGCGGGACUGGGUGAAGGCGCGGGCAGCUGUGGUCAAUGUACGAGGCCUCAUGUGCCAGGGCCCCGAGAAGGUCCGGGGCAUGGCUAUCAAAGACAUCACCAGCGAGAUGGACGAGUGCUUUGAGACAGGGUCACAAGGUGGUGCGGCCAACACUGCAGCCAAGACCACAGCCAGCAACCACGCCUCUGCCACCACACCCCAGGGCUCCCUCUUCACCCUCAAGGCCAAGAGGCCGGGGCUGCGCCUCCCCGACUCCAACCUUGACUACCCCAUGGCCACCGGCGAUGGCACCAAGACCCUAGUCAUCCACGUGAAGCCCCUGACAGCGGACUCCAUCCGUAUCACGUGGAAGGCCACACUCCCCGCCUCCUCCUUCCGGCUCAGCUGGCUGCGCCUGGGCCACAGCCCAGCCGUGGGCUCCAUCACGGAGACCCUGGUGCAGGGGGACAAGACAGAGUACCUGCUGACAGCCCUGGAGCCCAAGUCCACCUAUAUCAUCUGCAUGGUCACCAUGGAGACGGGCAACACCUAUGUGGCCGAUGAGACCCCCGUGUGUGCCAAGGCGGAGACAGCCGACAGCUACGGCCCCACCACCACGCUCAACCAGGAGCAGAACGCCAACCCCAUGGCCAGCCUGCCCCUGGCAGGCAUCAUUGGGGGCGCCGUGGCCCUUGUCUUUCUCUUCCUGGUCCUGGGGGCCAUCUGCUGGUACGUGAACCGGGCCGGUGAGCUACUGACCCGGGAGCGGGCCUACAACCGGGGCAAACAGAAAAAGGACAGCUAUAUGGAGUCGGGGACCAAGAAGGAUAAUUCCAUCCUGGAAAUCCGGGGCCCAGGGCUGCAAAUGCUGCCCAUUAACCCUUACCACGCCAAAGAGGAGUACGUGGUCCACACCAUCUUCCCCUCCAAUGGCAGCAGCCUCUGCAAGGGCACGCACACCAUUGGCUAUGGCACCACGCGGGGCUACCGUGGCGGCGGCAUCCCCGACAUAGACUAUUCCUACACAUGAUGCCCCACCCGGCAGGCCCACCCCGGCUCCCGGCUCCUCCUGGCGUGGCUACCCCGUGGCUUUGCCCAGCUUGCUGCCAUCUGACAGAGUGAGGAAAAGAAACUCCACGAUGACUUUCCCAGCAAAAAGCAAAGUUUGGGGAGGGUUGACAAUUUUCUAGAACACAACAGUGAAAAAAAAUUUUUUAAGGAUAGAAGGCAGAAGGGGGGUUUGACGUUGCUAAAGACAUAAUUUAUACCGAAUUAUGCCAGUAGAGAAGGGAAGGACUAAAAAUAAUACUGCAGGAAGGGUUGGGUCGGGUUUUUUCCCCCUGAACUGGAAAGAUACUACCUGUACAACGUCUGUGUACACCUCAUGCUCUGUUCAGGGCCGUCACAAAAGGACCAUGAGAGAGAAGCAGCCGACACGGAAGCCCCCACGCGGCUCUUGCUGCCGGCUGCUCACUGGCAAUGACGUGUGGAAGAUUUUCAGGCUCCUCACAAAGGAGAGAGGGAAGAAAAGAUCUUUUCUUUUGCUAUGGAGGUAUUGCCCUGAAGUCUCUUCCCUGGUCUUUCCAUACCAUUUCCCUUAUAGAUUUUCAGAAAUAUCACGUCAUUUACUGCGUUCUUUGAACAAUGAUGUAACCAAUUAAAAAAGAAACUUACUUUUUCCUAUAUGAAACCCUCUUCACCUCCAUGCACCACACUCCAUGGAAGCCCCAUGGAAGCUGCGGCUUUUCUGGCCACUUGGAGGUACACCUAUCAACCUAUCUCUAUGUUGUGUCUCUAAACACAGACAGGUAGAUAGAGCCACAUAGACGGUCCUGACAGUACUUCUUGGGUCAGUUCGUACAGUUUCUUGAGACAAUAGAGUCAUGAAAACGUU